AUGGAAUAUUUAACAAAAUUAGAUGUAAAUAAAAAUUUUCCCGUCAAUAAUACAAUUACAAAUAGUAAUAAUAAUAAUAAUAAUAUCAAUAAUAAUCAUAAUAUCACUGGAUGCCUUCCAUCGACAACAUUGAAUUUCAAUGUUUCCUCAUAUUAUUCUCCACAUUUGAUACAUUUCCCACCGGAACAUUUAAAUUCCGACUUUGAACAUCAACAGCCAAUGAAUGAUAAAAUUAAAACAAAACCAAAUGAUCAAUUGUCAAUGAAUUCAAUGAUUUCAACUGAUCUUGGAGUUAAUAAUCAUAAUCAUAAUAAUAAUAAUUCAGUUGAUACCACGAACGAGAUCAACGCUAAACGUGAUCACAAUUUAAAGAUUGUCAAUCCUAGCAUUAUUAAUAAUAAUAAUAAUAAUCAUAAUACAGUUGAGAAGAAAACCAAAAUCUCUACUAAAAAUAGUAAGUAA